GUUUGUUAAACGUCACCAUCAAGUGCCACCACCACCACCGUCUGAUCCCACCCCCAACUUCGCAACACCGUUAAGAUGGAUCAACUACAACAAGUCGUACUCGACCCACUCAAGCCAUACCUUUUGCCCAUCACAUCGAACCUCCCAGGCCCGAUCAACGAUGCAAUCAUCAACCUCUUGGGAGCACCCUGCCACAAUGCACUCCUUCUCGACAUUGACUUUUCGCGCCACCCCGAGUGCGUGUCACUGGCAGUGUCUAAAGCACUGGGAAUAGGCAUCAUCACGGCCGCCUCGGUUGUCAAAGUACCGCAGCUCAUCAAACUGGUCAAGUCGCAGUCAUCGGAGGGACUUUCAUUCAGCAGUUACCUUCUAGAAACCGCGAGUUUUGUCAUCACCCUGGCGUACAACAUCCGCAAUGGAUUCCCCUUCAGCACGUAUGGCGAGACGAGCUUGAUCGCCAUUCAGGACGUUGUCAUCAGCGUGUUGAUCCUGGUAUACUCGAAGAGAAGUGCACAGGCAGGAGCGUUCCUCGCCGCGGUGGGCAGUGCCGUGUACGCGCUGAUCGUGUCCGAUACGAUGGUGAGCACGACGCAGAUGAAAUCACUACAAGCUGGGGCUGGCGCAUUGAGUAUUGCGAGCAAAUUGCCACAGAUCCUCACCAUCUACAACCAGGGAGGCACGGGACAAUUGUCCGCGUUCGCAGUCUUCAACUAUCUGUUCGGCUCCUUGACCAGAAUCUACACCACCUUGCAGGAGGUCGAUGACAAGCUCAUCCUGUACGGUUUCAUCGCUGGCUUCUGCCUCAAUGCCAUCCUUGCUGCCCAGAUGCUCUACUACUGGAACAGCCCAACUACAGCUGGCCACGCCAAAGAGUUGGGUGUCAAGAAGAACAGCACCCAGGGUUUGGGCCAGAAAGUCCCUGCCGCAAUCGCUACUGAUGAGAACAUCAGCAAGAAAACCACUGGUAGCCCUGCUUCAACACCCAAAUCAGGUAGUAGCAGUGGCAGAAGGCGAGGCUAGGGUGAGUUUUGUUUUGGAUAGGGCAGUUUGAUUAAAAAUAUACAAAGUUGGCAUGGUCUUUUGUUGACCGCUUCUAUCUUUGGAGCAAUCUUCUAUCAUCU